GACCCACAAAAAAAAAAGAACAAAAGAAAGGAGGAAAGCACGUGAUACGCACGAGCACGACAGAACUUGCACACCAACUGUUCGACGAAUUGCCCCACAGAUUUCAAUCUUAUUAUGGAGGAAAAAGACUGGGAAGCUUCCUCUUCAAGCGAAGACGAAGCUGGUUUUGCACUCGAUGAUGACGAACAGUUUCAUUCAGGACCCAAGUUACAAUUCAGAGUUGGAUCUUCAAAGGCUCGUUGGGUUACAGAGUUAGCAAUGGAUGAAGUUGAGGUUAAAAGAGGGAAGCUUUGGACAACAACUGGAGUCAUCCGUAGUGGCAAGACAUAUUGCUUCACAGAAGAGGCUUUGUAUUUGAGUGAGAUAGGAGAGUUGCAGAUCUUGGGUAAUGAAGAUGAUGACGUAGUGAUCCCAUUGAAGGGCUUGUAUGAGAAGAUUGCAGAGGAGAAAAGCGGCUGCUGUUGGGAAACCUACGAGGUUUAUAGAUACUUGAAGGGUUUAGGUUACAUUAUAAGACGGCAUGGUGUUCCCUGGACAUCAAAGGAUCCUGCCGUUACUACACCAAGUGGUGAAGAAGAGUCGGUUUGUCUUGGUGAAUGUCGUGAAGACAAAGAUGAUGUAACUAGACUCUUGGGAGAUAUGCAAAUAUGUGAUGCAAGAGCGGUGUUUGAUGUGUAUUUGCCAAACAGUCGGUUCAAGAAGUCUUCUCCUGGUGAACCCAGCUUUGUGGCUUGCUUCUCGGGGGACUCUCCACCAAGCAAAGAAGAUGUUAAAGUCUUGCAAAGCCGUGUAACUGCACCGCUAAUGUUCUGUCAUGUCGCUCAGGGCCGUGUGAGUUUCUUUUCCUUCAGUUCCAUAGACCUCCCUGCCUUGCCAUAGAUGUGUUCAUAAGAGAAAGUCACAAAACAAACUGAGAGUUUACAUACGCUUGGGAGUAACUGUGAUGAUUCGUAUUCAUGAGGUAAUAUGUAGUACAACUUUAUGUUUUUGCUACAAGGCAUUAGUAAGAAUCUAAUAAAGGGCUAACAAAAGCUUCCUUGAGUUAGAUCUAAGGCUUGUCAAGCUUUUAAUGUCGUUUGCGUCUGUGGAUACAAUCCUUGUAUGUUUCUUUUAUCCUGUUUUAUGAACUCCAGUGGCUUCUA